CGCCUUGUGCAACAAAAGUCCGCACGGACGCUCGCUUCUGAGACAGAUGCUGCACUGAGCUGGCCCAAAGAGCAUCGAAGACAUCUUAAACAUUGUAACUUCCUCGAAGGGACAAAAUAAGGCACUUUCUUCGAGCUCACUUCACGACUGCUCGAAGAACGGGCCAUACUGGAAAGUGCUGAAGAAUGAUGACCGCUACGCUGCUCGUGGGCUGUGUCCUAGUCUUCUUGGCAGCCAGCGGUGCUCAAGAGUCGCCUGAUGACGUCGUUCAGACCAUUAAUGGUCCUCUGCGGGGCGUAGAUGUUCCUACAACAACAUCGUCGGUGCGCGCGUACCUAGGUGUUCCCUUCGGGGAGCCCCCGGUUGGAGAUCUUCGCUUCAAAAAGCCAGUGCCAAAAAAGCCGUGGAAGGGCGUUUACAAUGCCACUUCGCAGCCACCACUCUGCCCUCAAAUGCCCGUCCGAAUCAAUAAUUUCUUUCUCGUCGAAGACUCGGAUCCCGUGUCCGAAGAUUGUCUGUACCUGAAUGUGUUCGUUCCUACAAAGAGGAACUCUAGCUUGCUUCCCGUGAUCGUAUAUUUGCCAGGUGGUGGAUUUUCUUAUGGCGGCAUCUCCAUCGGAGCCAUGGACACAUCGGAGCUGUCAGCGAGAGGCAAUGUCAUAACCGUCACGGUCGGUUAUAGGUUGGGCGCCUUCGGAUUUCUCUACAUGGGCUUCGAAGACGCUCCUGGAAACAUGGGCCUCUACGACCAGCUUCUAGCUCUCGAGUGGGUCAAGAACAACAUCCGCUCAUUCGGAGGUGAUCCGUCCAGGGUAACGCUGAUGGGCGAAAGUGCCGGCUCCAUUUCAGUUGGAAUGCAACUCAUAUCACCAAAGAGCAAGGGUCUCUACAAGCGUGCCGUAAUGCAGAGUGGAAGUCCAUUCACUGCCGCUGUGGUGAGCGACCUGGACCAGGGACUAUUUCGAUCUCACCUGCUUAGCAGGACUCUGGGUUGCGAUGGAGGCGAGGACAAGUACGAUGCUGAAACUGUCCUCAAGUGCCUCAAGUCGAAGCCUUUCAUGGACAUAUUGAACGCCACUGAGAGCUUCAACGCUGGUGGCUUGGACUCGUUCUUCCCCGUUUUUGGAGAGGAUAUGCUGCCCGAAACACCUGCGGCCGCACUGAAGCGUGGAAUAGUGAACGCUGACGAACUCUUGACCGGAAUUUGCGAAUCAGAAGGCGACCUUUUUCUUUACUUCCUGUUCAACAAGCUUCGUGACAUGAACACCAUUGAUGAUGUUAUGAAUGGAGAGAUGAUAUUCCUUAUCAAAGCUCUUAUCACCUCGACCAUGGAGGUAGACCCCGACCCUAUAAUCAAGUAUUACUACAGCGGUGUGAAUGCGACCCAAGGUAGAGAGUCCGUCUACAUUGGGUCUUCGUUAAUUGGAGACAUGCAAUUCGGCUGUCCGACGAUCGGCUUCGCGAAGAGGUUCCUCGGCACAGGUAGGACAGUCUAUAUGUACCAGUGGUCGCAACAAGCUUCCUUCGUCGACUGGCCUGACUGGACACGACCAACGCAUGGAGACGACAUAUUUUUUAGCCUUGGCUCUGGCCUCAAACUGGCUAAGAAUGCCACCAAAGAUGACAUCAAGGCGACAGAAAACUUCAUACACAUACUGUCCACUUUCAGUCACACAGGGGUUCCGAAAGUCCUCGAUGGCACCACAUGGCCGAAAUUCAAUGACGAAGAGCAGUACCUGGACCUCCGACGGGAGGGAAACGUGGUCAAGAAGCGGUUGCUUCAAGCUGCAUGUGAAUUUUGGGGCAAGGUGCAUCCUUAUCAGUGAAGAUGUCUAACGUUCGGCCUUAUACAGUGCAUUACUGAACAUCAUAGCAAAUACCAUUGCACGUUUGUGAUAGCUGACGAGUGGGUUUCGACUGGAGUUGUCCUAAUUACAUGUGCACAAUCACAUCCGCAUAACAUCUCCAUUCUUAUGCCACUCCGAAUUUCAUAUACGUUGUGUACCUGUCAGAUAGCGUAUAAAAAUAUUUACAACAAUGUACAGAUAUUUACAUAUUUGUCAUGUACAUACAGUGAGAUCAAAUUAAUGCAGCGGGUCGACAAGUUUAGCCAUUUAGCUACUGUUACUCCUAUAGAUGUCUUCUAUGUCCUGUUGAAUGUUAUGACAUUUCCUGUUUCCCAUAUGAUGCAGUGCAUCAUGUGCAAUGUAGUUCUGUUUUCUCUUGAAAAGAGACUUGUAUUCGUCGCCUUAUUAGUUGUUGUUGCUUUGCUGUUGAAAGCGAUAUGUGUAAUGUAAUUUGUGAAAUUUUAUUGUUACCAAUGCAGUGUUAUCGUGUUCCAUUUUUCCGCGACGUGCUUCCAACAUGAUAUGUCAAGCAUUAGGUACGCUCUUAUUACCGGGGCUGGGGCUUUUGCUGUGAUAUCAUGGCAACGUAUAAAAAUACGACGCGACAAUUAUGUGAAGAUGUGCCCAUUGAGGCGCACAACGUUGUUUUGGGCAAUCAGUCCCCCUCCUUUUAUGUUUUAAAGCACAUUUAGUAACGUAAAUAUUCUUCUUUAACGUACUAAGCAGCAUUAAACACUAAUGCUUGCUUAUACAUUCGAAUUAUAAAUUGACAUUCUUUCUGUAAACACGGAAUCUAUAUACAAUAUGUUCAGUUGGCAAUCUCAACCCGGUGAUUGGUGAACGUCAUUCAUGUUGCGACAUAUUUGAUGGUUAAAAAUAUCUUUUCCCGUGAUCUUUAAGGCAUUCAGUGAAAGCUUAAGCACGAACUUACCUAACAGGACCUCAAAAACUCGUGCGCGUACUGGAAAUUAGAUUCCGCGUUUUCAAAGGGUAUGAGGAAAAAGUAUGUACAGAACAGGAGCGUUUCCCGUUUCUUAUUACGCCGAGUACGUUGCACUACCGUGUAAUACAAAACCUGAGCGCGAUCUUUGCGGAAUACACGGCAACUUCACGUCGCGUGGCAGCUCUUACCAAGUAAUUACGCAGAAAACGGAAACUAAAUAGUUGCCGGAUUCGUUGGCCCAACAUCUUGCGAAAGGGGCCGUAGAGGCGGCUCUCGUCCUGUGUGCUUCUGAAACGCUUCUGCUGUCCCCUUCCCAAGAUGGAGGGGCACUUGACGCAGCUUAACGUAACCGACGUCGUCAUCUUCCGCAGUCAAACAAGCUAACAACAAGCGAGCACUGCGCUGGGACGCAGUGCGAGUGAAUUCAAAAGAACUUUGGCUAGCCUGUUCAUUCGCCGUGUAAUGCGCGGAUUACAUGGAGCAUUGGAGGGCGACCUCAAUUGCCUCAGAAACUGCCUUCCGGGGUGUGCUGUAGUGAAGGUUUCUGGCGUCUGUCGAGAAGCACGUUACAGAUUAUCUAUCUUUGUGACAAUCGAUCAAAUUAGGUUGGACUGUGUUUAUUCUGUGUCAUGUAGUAGCCAUAUUUGUGUCGUGUAGUUGCCAUAGUAGUUCCGUAGCAAGCUGGUGGUGCUAUUAAGACAAAUGCAUUGUGCCCUAUGGACAUGCGUCAAAUGUUACGAAAUGACAUUGUGCAGACACGUACUAACCAUGCAGAGUUUGACAUAAGUGUUUUCUGUUGUUGUUGUUUUCUCACGCAUGCACUUUGCACAAAAAACGCGCGUUUUUAUUUGUGUUGCUGUUAUUUGUGAAUCCUGUUAGUACUGGUUUUGCAUUGUUGUAAUCGUUUAUGCAAAAGCAUGUUGAAAUUUUGGGCAUCUAAAAAUGAAACUCCUUCGAAGCGACCCAUUUUCAGUUUUUUUUUCUCGGUUAUAUGUUUGUCUUUAUAUUACAUAUUAGUUAUAUAGAGCAUGUAUUAGUCUCUGCGCGUCACACACAUUGAACUUGUGUAAGCACUGCGUCACAUCUAGUUAUUUCUUGAGCAUAGAGAGGUUCCGACGUCUACACACGACUGUUAUACGCAGUUUGCCAAGUUUCAUGCAUUUUUGGCGAACGUAGACGCUUCAUAUCACAUAACUAUAUUUAUUAGAUAAAGCCAAUGUAUACUACUUCGAAUUCAAGCAGCUAACUAGCAUGGACAUCAGGAAACUUAAUUAACGCAAAAACACGAAACAAACAUGAAAACGCACGUGCACAAUUCUAGCCACGAGGCUAGUGUUGCUCUUUCGGAAGUGUUAACUCAUUUCAUUAACUGUUGGCCUUUAAAACACAUACUUUAAACAUCGUUCCAACGCAGUACUUGUAAACGCAGCGUCCUAUUAAAUUGUGUGUUCACCUGUCGCCUCUCGCUUUAUUAAAAUUAUUGACAUAUCAAA